GCGAAGAAAUAACCCAGAUAAGUCAAAUCAGACGUGUCAAAAUUGAACAAUAAUUUAUUGGGGGGCAUUUCAAAAUUUUAUUGAAAACCAUAUCAAAUCGAUGGCUUUCUUCCUCAUCCGCUUGGCCCUGGUGGCCGGUGCGGUGUACGGAACCCAAGAGCUGGGAAUAUGGGAAAGUUCCGACCACACAAAGGUGCUCUUCGAGGGCGCCAAACGGGAGGUGAGUCCCUACGCCGAGGACCUGAUGAACCGAUUCUGUUGCUGGCGGUGCGACAAGUGCAACGAGGAUGUAAAGGUGAAGCCCUGGCAGGAAUCCAUGGUGGAUGCCUGGAACGAGACGAUGAAGAAGACAUUCAACGCCCUGGGUGUCCAGGUUCCCUUCUACUACAAACGAUUCUCGGAAGACUUCCAGCAGGGCAUCGACGACUUGGUCAACGACAAGGAGGAAAUUGAUACCAAUGCAAAGAAACCCCAAAACCCCAAAAAGAGUAAAUAACCAAGUCACACCUCAAAAUAAUUUGGUAAUUUACAUUACAUAUAUUCACAAGCUCCUCGAUAAAUUGAAAGUUGCCAAUGUAAUAAAAUCUUUAAGUAUUGUA